AUUUAACAUAUAGUCUUCUAUACUACUUAGCAAUCAUUUUUCCUCUGUAAUCCAGUCGUUCGUGCACAUAUGUACAGUUGAGCCUGGAUGCGCGAUGCCAAAUACCUACCCCAGCGAUGCACUUAACGUUUUGCAGAGAAGAAUGGCAGACGUUCUGUAACCUGGAUCUGUAGAUAGCCUGAACUAUACAGACGUGCGAGCGAUGUAUGCUCCCCAGGCGGGGCCAUCAGCCCAGCGAUCAUACGUCUCACAAGCAGAGAGAGAGCAGUGUCGCCAACAUGGACUCACGUUCCUGCAAAAUCAUUUCAGCAAGACCAGGUUUUCUAAUAAGCUACAACAGGUCGUUGAAAAGGCUGAGGAUGAUGUAUACAAGAAAUUCGGUGCUGACCCGGCGGCAUACAGAAACUACUUUACCAAGAAGCUGGAGCAAAGCCGGGAUAGCAUCUUGAGGUGGCUUCAGACGCAGCAGCAACAGCAGCAGCAACAACAACAGCAACAACAACCCAUGCAAGCGCAAGUGCAGCAGCAACCCGGAUACCCCCAUGCCGGGAUGCAACCUGCCAUGAUGUCCAUGCAGCAACAACAGGGACCCGCCCCUCGGUUCGAACCUGAAAGGGCGCCCAUUGACCAGGGCGAGGACUUCAACGACUUCCUUGGAGUCUUCACGGGAGCCGCGGGGGGCCCCCCACAGCAGCAGCAACAGCCCCAGCAGCCUCCCCAGCAGCAGCUGGGGCAGGCGAUGUACUCUCAGGUGCAGCCGCAAGGGAUGGCCUACGGAGCGCAGCAGCAGCAGGCGGGAGCUGCGGCGGCGCGGCACCCGGCUGCGGCGCAGCAAAUGCACAUGGCAGGCAAGAUGCCGGUCAUGCCGCCCGGGGGACAUGCAGCGCAGGGCUAUGCGCAACCCAUGGGCGCUCCGACUAUGGGAGUGUCUGUGGCCGGUCGGGCUGGCCCGGGGGCUCCCGGCUUCCCACAACAGCCGGCGGGCGGUGUGGUGGGCCCACACGGCGUGCCUGGGGCCGCGGGCGUCAUGACGGCGCCGGGUGGCAUGGGCGUGGAGCAGUCCCUCGCGGGCAUGUACGGCUCGCAGAUGGGCGUGCAGCCCGCCAGCGCCGCGCAGCCUGGGGCGGCGGGCAUGAUGGCCAUGCAGGGGCAGCAGGUGCCGGGCAUGGUGGGGCAGCAAGGGCAUGGAGGUGUGGGAAUGGGCAUGCAGGGCGGGGGCGGCGCCGCUGGGGGCGGCAUGGACCUCAUGUCUCAGCAGCAACAGCCACCGCAACAGCAGCAGCAACAGCAGCAGCAGGGGCAGCAGCACCCGCACGCUGGGAUGGCGGCGCCAGUACAGAUGCAGUACGGUAUGAUGCAAGCGCAGUCACAGGACGCGAACCAUGCACAGUACGUUCAGGCUAUGCAGCAGCAGCACAUGCAGCAGCAACAACAACAACAGCAGCACCAGCAGCACCGGCAGCAGGUGGUACAGCAGCAGCAAGCGGCGGCGGCAGCGGCACAGCAGAUGGCACGGAUGGUAUCCGGCUCAGCAGCAGCUCAGCAAACCGCCACCAACGCCGCUGCGGCAGCUGCUGCAGCCGCCGCGGCAGCCGCAGCCCGGAAGGCCGGGGUGAUGCCUCUGGUCUCCAUGCCAGCAGCGCAGCUGGCCCGCCCCGGGGCGAUCCCGGGCAUGCAAGGACCGGGGGCUCCUGUACUGAUGGGGCAGCAAGGGCAACCGCACCAGCCGCAGCAACCCGUCGGCGGCCCUGCAGCAGGGGCAAUGCCGGGCGCCCAGUACGGCGCAGCGCAUGUAGUCCCGGGGGCGGUUCCCCAGCAGGCAGGCAUGCCAGCAGGGGCUGCGCCUCAACUCCAACAACCAGGCGCCAACAACGUGCCCCAGGUGAUGGCUGCACCGGGGCAAUGGCAAGCAGCGCAGCCUGCAGCCGCAGCCGCUGCAGCCCCCGGCGCGCACAACCCGUUGGCCGGCCCCGCUGUCGCGCCCCCCAACCCAGCGAACGCUGGUCCUGCUGCCGCCAACGGUGCAGCCGCCGGCCAGUCCUCUUCUGCCCUGGUGGAAGAGUACUGGCGCGUGGUUGCGGCGGUGAAGGCGCGUCUGCAUGUGCUGGAGGGCCACCUGGAGCGCUACCGGCGGGCUGCGGGGCAGCAGGGACCCGACAGCAAGGCGCACCGCUCCAAACGCAUCCUGGAGGAGGCCUACCGGCGCUGCCAGCUGGACCGCAACUCACCCGAAAUGGCAAAGUACGGCAUCAACGACCAGUCGCUGAAGCUCAUGACCUGCGUGCUCGGCACGUUGGACAGCAAUGCAGCGGCUGCUGCUGCCGUAGCCGCCAACCGCCGCCAGCAGCAACAGCCGCCAGUCCCAGGGCCAGCGGCAGGGCAAGGAGUAGUACCGGAUGCUAGCGCUGCCGCCGCAGGGGGUGCGGUGGGAGUCCCACCGCAGAUGGUCCAGCCGCCGCAGCCGCAUCAUGUAGGUGGCAGUGCCGCUGGAACCGGCGCCGCGGUUGUUAAGCCGGAACCCGUUCCUGGAGCGAGCAACCUGGGGACGAUGCCGGCCGGCACGUCGCCGCCAACGGUGGUCCCGGGCGGUGUGGUGGGUCCGGUGAUGGGUGCGGCGGGGCUGAUGCCCGCGGGCCCGGGCAGGCCGGCGAUGAAUGCAACGGCCAUGGCCGCCGCCGUGGCAGCCGCUAAUGCCAAGAUGCGGAGCGGCAUGAGGGCGCCCGGAGCAGUGCCGGGGAAGGUGGAGGCGGAGGCGGACUUGGGCUUGAAGGGGCCGUUGAUGCGAGCAGACGGAAAGAUAGAUCGUCAGAUGGAUCCCAUACCUCCCGCGGUGGACCAGGUAACCCGGCUGCUCGGCAUCCUGGCGCAGCCGCUGCCGCACGCCGCCGUGCGGCCACAUGCGGGCCGGGCAGCAGCGGACGCCCUGUACUUUGGAGGCGACUCGCUCAUGCCCUCGCUGCCGCUGUCUGUGUACGAGGAACUGACCGAGGCGGCGCAGGCGGUGGCGGCGCGGCGUGCGGCUGCCGGUCCCCCGCGAGCGCGCAUCGUAUCGGUGUGUCGCGUGGCGGGUAUGACGUACGCGGACGAGGAAGAGGGGGCGAAUGGGGCGUCACAGCGUGGGGCAUUAGGAGCAAGGAGGGUGCCAAUGCUGAGGGACGGACGCGGCCGGAUGGCGGGGACGAAACGCCCGGCUCCCGGCGGCCCCAGCACGGAGGGUCUACCCGUCUCCUCCGCCUUCUCGCCCCCCGAGCUGCAGCAGCGGCUGGCGGCGGUGACCGCUGCCUGCCGGGAGGUGGAGGCGGCGCUGGAGGGCGCGGUGGCGCUGCGAGUGGUGGAGGGAGAGACGGCCUCGGUGUCCGGACUGGAGGACGAUGCAUGGGUGCUGGAGUGCGCAGCCACCGUGAGCUUCCCCGGGGAAGUUAACGACGGCUCGGGGGCUGCUUGGAAGCGCCUGCGCGUCAGCGUGCCUUGGGACCCCGCGGCGCCGCCCAUGCCCACCUUCUCAUCCACGGACCCAGCCUACAGCCACUCGUACGGCAAGGCGGCGAGGCUAAACUUCCAGACGGCUCUGCAGGGCAGCCACGCGCCCGCGCACCUCUCCAUCCACUCGCUGGCCAAGAUCUGGUGUGAAGCCGUGGCCAAGGUCUGUGCCGCGGUGCGACCCUCGGACUACGGAGCAGCAACGCCGGCUGCCGUGGCUGUCCAUUGAAGGGAGCUGCUGUCGGCUGUUAUUGUCCAAGCGUGGCAGGGAUGUUGGUUCCGGUUGUGUCGGCUGUUGUAAUACAGAUUGUGCGUCAAGUGUGAAGUAAGAUGCUGAUGCGUUUGCAUCGUGCGAGAGGUUGGGGUGAGUGUCAGGUUCAGGAGGAGUGCGCACACACGCCGGAGGGCGGGUGUUGGUUUGCUUCCGGGCAGGAGGUAUGGGCACCGUGCUGGAGGUUAGGGUUAAGGAGGUCUCUAGUAGGGAUAGGAACGGCUAUAUAGGAGGAUUCAUUGGGCCAGAGAUGCAUACGAGGUGCGCAAGGGGGCUGCUGCGUGAUGCCGCUGCUACCGCAGUGAAGAGGCCCGCCGCCACGA